CGUGUUGUUACAUUUCUUGUGAGCAUGUAAACACGAGUGCUUGAACUACAUCCCCCAAAAAGCACAGCGUUGUAUUUGUAUCUCUUGCCUUUAAACCUCGAUGACAGCCAGAGGAUGGAGGCAGUUUUAGCAAAGUAUGAAAACAAGAUCAACGCAUUUUCAGAGUUUCUAGAAGACCUUCCGGACACCAAGGAGCCUGUGUGGAUUUUAGGGGCACGCUACAAUGUCAAAACAGAGAAGUCAGAGCUGCUGUCAGAUGUCCGGUCACGCCUGUGGUUCACUUACAGAAAAAAAUUCUCUCCCAUUGGGGGGACGGGACCCUCGUCGGACACAGGCUGGGGCUGCAUGCUGCGCUGUGGACAGAUGAUCCUGGCACAAGCCCUGCUGUGCUGGCGUCUGGGCCGGGACUGGCGCUGGGGGCAGGAGGGAGGCGAGCCGGUGGAGUACACACGCAUCCUGCACUCGUUCCUGGACAGGAAGGACUGCUGCUACUCCAUACACCAGAUGGCUCAGAUGGGAGUAGGAGAGGGGAAAUCAGUGGGAGAAUGGUACGGCCCAAACACAGUCGCCCAAGUACUCAAAAAACUGGCACUGUUUGACGACUGGAACUCCCUGGCCAUGUAUGUGUCAAUGGACAACACAGUCGUCAUCGAGGACAUCAAAACUCUGUGCCGGCAGCCUGGCUGGGGCAGGCGCCGGGCUGGUGCAUGCGGCUGGGGGGAGAUGUUUGCCACCACGAACCCUGUGGAACCAGGAAGCUCUCAAACCCCUGGAAAACAUGUGACUUCCUGUCCCCACCCCCACUCUCACUCUGAGUGGAGGCCUCUGCUGUUGAUCAUACCUCUCAGAAUGGGGAUCAACCACAUCAACCCUGUUUACAUUCAGGCUAUCAAGGAGUGCUUUAAGAUGCCUCAGUCCCUGGGCAUGCUGGGAGGGAAGCCCAACCUGGCCUACUACUUCAUCGGCUUCAUCGGUGAGUAUGGGGGUGGGAACACAUCUGCGUUUCAUAUCCCAGAAUCCUCUGCUCAUGGGCUCGUACCCCCCGCAGGUGAGGAGCUGAUCUACCUGGACCCCCACACCACGCAGGCAGCGGUGGAGUCCGAACCCGGCAUCUCUGUGGACGACCAGAGCUACCACUGCCAGAGGACUCCACGGCGGAUGAAGGCCAUGAGCCUCGAUCCCUCCGUAGCGCUGGGCUUCUUCUGCAAGAAGGAGGAAGAUUUCGACAGCUGGUGUAACCUGGUUCAGCAGGAGAUCCUAAAGAAAAGGAACCUACGGAUGUUUGAGCUGGUGGAGAAACACCCCCCUCACUGGCCCCCCUUCGUCCCUCCAACCAAACCAGAUGUCCAGACGACUGGAGCUGAGUUCAUCGAAUCAACCGACAAGCUGUUUGAAUCGGAAGAAGAGUUUGAGAUUCUCAACGUAUGAGAGGCUUUGUCCCUCAUCUUGCAGAAUGAACUGGUGAAGACCAGCUGGGCUGCUCCAGGGCAUGCUGCCCUGAGAGGGUCCCACCGCGGAAGUGCCUCAGAACACAAGCACAAUUCUGCUACCAGUGUGCAAAAAAAACUACGAAUACAACUAAACUACACAAACAUACAAAAUAAAAUGUAAAGAAUAGACUCCAGUGGAAGACUGAGAGGAAACAAAGGAAGAAGAAGUGCAGAUUCCAAUCGUGUGAGGACGGUCCUCAGAUUCUGACUGUCCAAUAGGAACAUAGCAUCGACAGCCUGCAAUCCACAGUGGGCUUAUGGAAAGGCUGCCUUGAGGUCUCCUUAGUGUCUUUGCUUUGUCAUACUGUAGAUGGCGAAUGACCAUCACCUCAAACACCAUACUCUACAUCCUGCCUCCAGGAGACUUAAAUAUGCAGAAAACCUUCCAGUGUUAAAGACAACAACAAAAAACUAAACCACAGGACAGCUUGUAUAUGGUAAAAAAGUGCCUCAUUUAAAUAUAUAUUUAUAUGUUCAUUAACGGUUAGGUUAAGGUUUUUAGUUAACUGAAGGGUAAUGUUUCAUCUGCCUUCCGAGCAUACUCUUGUAAAUAUUGCCAGUCAAUAAAGAUAUUUAAUACAUAUUUA